ACCCAUAACAAAAACAAGGGGCUCGCGGGGGCCUCCGCUGAGGCGGCGGAGGUGUGGUGGAGGGCUGGUCUCCGGCGGCCGGCGCUGCGCCCGGUGAAGGGUGGGCGCGCGGGGGGCGGCAUGGAGCCGGAGCUGUGAGGCGGGGGCGGCGGUGGCUGGGAGGAAGGGUCGGAUGCCGGGCCGGGAGCACCGCUGAGGAGGUGGGUCCCCGACCUGCAAGACAGGCUCGGACACCCCCGCCGCGCCCUGUCCCUGCAGACUGCGAGGCCGCGGGCGGGUGGAGGCGCGUCUCCGGCACGAUGAAGGAUUUGGGGGCAGAGCACUUGGCAGGUCGUGAAGGGGUCCAGCUCCUCGGAUUGUUGAACCUCUACCUGGAACAAGAACAGAGAUUCCAACCUCGAGAAAAAGGACUGAGUCUGAUUGAGGCUACCCCGGAGAAUGAUAACACUUUGUGUCCAGGAUUGAGAAAUGCCAAAGUUGAAGAUUUAAGGAGUUUAGCCAACUUUUUUGGAUCUUGCACUGAAACUUUUGUCCUGGCUGUCAAUAUUUUGGACAGAUUCUUGGCUCUUAUGAAGGUGAAACCUAAACAUUUAUCUUGUAUUGGAGUCUGUUCUUUUUUGCUGGCCGCUAGAAUAGUUGAAGAAGACUGCAAUAUUCCAUCCACUCAUGAUGUGAUCCGGAUUAGUCAAUGUAAAUGUACUGCUUCUGACAUAAAACGGAUGGAAAAAAUAAUUUCAGAAAAAUUGCACUAUGAAUUGGAAGCUACUACUGCCUUAAACUUUUUGCACUUAUACCAUACUAUUAUACUUUGUCAUACUUCAGAAAGGAAAGAAAUACUGAGCCUUGAUAAACUAGAAGCUCAGCUGAAAGCUUGCAACUGCAGACUUGUCUUUUCAAAAGCAAAACCAUCUGUAUUAGCUUUGUGCCUUCUCAAUUUGGAAGUAGAAACCUUGAAAUCUGUUGAAUUACUGGAAAUUCUCUUGCUAGUUAAAAAACAUACCAAGAUUAAUGACACCGAGUUCUUUUACUGGAGGGAGUUAGUUUCUAAAUGCCUAGUCGAAUAUUCUUCUCCCGAAUGUUGCAAACCUGAUCUUAAGAAGUUGGUUUGGAUUGUUUCAAGGCGCACAGCCCAGAACCUCCACAACAGCUACUAUAGUGUUCCUGAGCUGCCAACAAUACCUGAGGGGGGUUGUUUUGAUGAAAGUGAAAGUGAGGACUCUUGUGAAGAUAUGAGUUGUGGAGAGGAGAGUCUCAGCAGCUCUCCUCCCAGUGAUCAAGAGUGCACCUUCUUUUUCAGCUUCAAAGUGGCACAGACACUAUGCUUUCCAUCUUAGAAACCUGAUUGUUCUGUGUCAGUUUAUAUGGACAGGUUUCAAAGCAAUAAAUGGGGGAAUAGGUAGUUUUCUGGUUUAGCCCCCAUCUAGUCAGGAAUUACAUAUACUGGAAUACCUACCUUCUCUUUGUUACUCAGAUCAGAUCUGGCCUAUUUUCAUAUUUAUGCUAAGCCAUCAAUUGGGGUAGUGCCUCUUAAACCAUUAACAGUACUUUAGACACUGGCACUUUAUUUUUCUCGUUGAUCUUUAGCUACUUUGGGGAGGAGGAAAGGUGCUGAUACCUUCAAUUUGUUACUUUUCAAGAUUUUUAAAGAUAACUAGUGUAGCUUAUCCUAAACAUUUUAUAAAGCCUUUAGAUGUCUUUAUUUAUGCAGAGUGGAAGUAUGCAAGUGCUUCCUUAGCAGGGACUGGAUGGAUAAUCCUUUAAUGGUUUUCCAUGGAUUUUCCCCUCCCCCUUCUCAGAAGAGUGAAUAUGCUCUUAAAUUUCAAACACAUUUUUGUUGUUGCGUUGUUUUUUAAAUGAUCAGUGUGUAUUUGAUGUGAUGCAGAUCUUAUAAAUUUGGGAAUUAUAAUAUUGCUAUUUCUGUGAUUUUUUAAUAUUAUGUAAUGUCUUGAGAUUUCUGCUAAGGCAGAAAUAAUCAGGCUAGGGCUGUUAGUUGCAUUCCAAUUGCCCAAGUAUUGUCAAACUAUAGUAUUAUUUUAACAUUACUUUAAAAAUCCAUAAUCUGCUAGUUUUGCAUGUACUUGUAUGAAAACAGUGCAGUAGAUUGAAAACUCAGUAUCUAUGGAAUUGAUAAAUGUUGAUCUGGUAGUACCUUUUAUCUGAUUUUCUUAUAUUUAAAAAAAUGUCUGCAUGAUUAAAUUUUAUUUCUUUUGUAAUUUACAUUUCAAAAUAAUGUAUUGCUAUAUGGGUGCCAAGAUUGAAUAUGAAGUAAAAAGAACCUGAGUGUUUGUAGUAUUACAGUUUUAAGCAAAUCUGUGUGGUGAUACAGCCAUAAGAAUGGGGCUUAUAUAAACUCUGUACAUGUAAGAUUUUGUACAGAGAAUUUUUAACUUUAUAAAUUGUAUAUGAACAUGUAAAUCUUUAAAAGUGUACAUAAAAUACUGUAUUUUUUUACCUUGUGUGUGAUAGUCUAGUCAUUGCAUGUAAAUAUAAUUUAUUAUGUAUUCUGUAGUAUAAAUCAUACAUUGAUGACUUACAAUUUUACUGGUAAGUCAACAUCCAUUGGAUGUUUUCUGAAGUGGCUCUUUUUGAAGUGAUAAUAGAUUAUAAUUCAAAAUAAAACUAUUAAUGAAUUCUC